AUGGCUCAUUAUGACUCGCUGGAUGACAAGGACUCUGUGGAUAUUCAUGACAACCCCCCUCUGCCUGAUAAUGUAGUGAAAGAAGAAGACAACACAGUCUAUUUUAUCUACGAUGAAGAGGUUGAGGAGGAGGAGAGAGAGGAAGCUGCUCCUACAGAACCAGUCAAACCAGUCAACGACAAACCUCACAAGUUCAAGGACCACUACUGCAAAAAGCCCAAGUUCUGUGACGUCUGCGCACGCAUGAUAGUGUUGAACAACAAGUUUGCUCUGCGAUGUAAAAACUGCAAAACCAGCAUCCACCACCAGUGUCAGUCCUACGUCGAGUUCCAGAGGUGUUUUGGCAAAAUUCCUCCAGGAUUCAGAAGAGCGUACAGCUCUCCGCUCUACAGCAGUCAGCAGAACGCCACCAUCUCACAGCUGCUGCCCUUCUCACAGUCAAACCGCACUGAUCCUGUGUUUGAAACUCUGCGUAUCGGUGUGAUCAUGGCCAACAAGGAGCGUAAAAAAGGCUCUGAGGACAAAAAGCAGAUGAUGAUGAUGAUGGAGGACGAAGAGUCUCAGCCCAAACAGGAGGAUGCAGAAGGGGAAGGAGUAAACACAGAAGGAGACAAACGAGGAGACAAGGCUCCUGCUGAUGACAAGAGUAAAAAGGUUCAGCCAGGGAAGAUUGGUGUAUUCAGUCAGUCCCAUUACUACCUGGCUCUGUAUCGCUUCAAAGCUAUAGAGAAAGACGACCUGGAUGUUCAUGCUGGUGAUCGUAUCACAGUGAUCGACGACUCCAACGAGGAAUGGUGGAGGGGGAAGAUUGGAGAGAGGACAGGCUUCAUACCAGCCAGCUACAUAAUCAGAGUGAGAGCAGGAGAGAGGGUCUACAAGGUCACUCGCUCCUUUGUGGGAAACAGAGAGAUGGGCCAAAUCACUCUAAAGAAAGACCAGAUCGUGGUCAAAAAGGGGGAGGAAGUGAACGGCUACCUGAAGGUCAGCACUGGUCGGAAGCUCGGCUUCUUCCCCGCCGACCUGCUGCAAGAGAUCUGA